AUGUACUCUACACCACUAUUUGCCUUUUUCUCGGGUGCUCUGUCCGAUACAUCAACGCCUAGUAAACAGAGGCUGGAAAGUGAUGAAAGCUACAAUGACGAUGCUAGUAUGCCUACUACUUUAAGACCCGAAGCAGACAUCAUUAAUAUAGCCGAUAAAGGUGCUGUUUCAGAUGCAGAACAAACUCCUAUCAAAAGAUUGGCAAAGGGAAGAAACACUGGUACGCUGCCCAAAAGUGAACAAAAUGUUUGGUCACUUGCAAAGCAUUUAAAGGACCAGAUGAGGGAAAAUAAUAGAUUCUGGAAGUCAACAAUGAAGGAGCAAAUGGAGCAAGUAAAGAAAAUUGCUGAAGAGGAAAGAGCAGCAAUAAGCUGUCUGCAUAAUACGCUUAAUGAAGGUUUAAAGCUACAGCAGAACUAUGUCGCCACAACUUAA